CCCUAGUCAGAGAUGCGAGGAGCAAAGGACAGAGAGCUUCAAUGUCAGUUGAUAAAUUGUAUAUAAAUAAUGUAUUGCAUACUGGCCACUCACCUCCACCAUACAGGGUGGCCCAGAGCAGACGACCGGAAGACGCCAGACUGAGGCUCUCGUAGGAACACGCGGGUGGUCGGAGUAGCGAAGUCUGCCACACACAACCCCAGGACUGGAACGUUUGAGAGAAUUCCCUGUGUUAUAGGACCAAACUUAACACAACAACGACUGACAGACAGUCACAACCUUCAAGUACUGCCUACUUGAACAUACAUACCAUGGCUGUCUUCCUGGGAAAGCAACAGCUUCCUCGGCUAUUAUCAACUCUACAAAACAUCCGGAAGGCAAAUCAUAUUCGGGGUGAAAUAAUUUCCAAACUCCAAUCAGUGAUAACUGACUAUGACUUUAUAGUGGACCGCUGGCCAGAUUACAGAGCCCUGGUAGUACGCGUCAAUCCUGCUACAGCCAAGUACCGAAACCACCUGAUAUCGGAAACCGUUGUCCAUGCCACAGACUGUGAAGCUCUGGAGACCCUGCUUCAACUGCCUGAAGUCAUAGACUGGUCAGCAAGAAUUGGGUUUGUAGGGAAAUAUCCUGACGAGAUGUCAUCGGUUCUCAGUGUCAUGCAGAAGCACCACAGGCCAUAUCACUUGGAUAAGUUCUUUGACAUGAAAGUCACGGAAAAGACGCUGAAGUUCUGGCCUAUUCCAAACGGAUUCAAGAUAGGAAGUCUUAUUCCUGAGCAAGCCAAUCUAGUCAACUCUAUAUGGUCUUACAAUGAAGGCACACACUCAGAGCUAUAUAUAAAGGAACUCAUCAGGAAACUACCUUCGUGUUGCCUGUACAACAGGAGAGGCUCCCUGGUUGGGUACGGCCUGACAAACCAUUACGGGUAUCUAGGUGUCUUACAUAUUCUGGAGGCACACCGAGGGAAGGGAUAUGCCAAGAUGCUCACGUCCUACUUGGCCGGUUUGCGUCUACAGAAGAUGGAAGAGGUUCAUGUUUAUGUUCAUGAAACAAAUAAGGCAUCAAUUGCGCUUAACAAACAAAUUGGCUUUGAGACUAACCUGCCUGAGGAUACUUGUUGGUGGAUAAACACACCAGCGUCGGAGUAGAAAAUGAGGAUAUGAUUACGUGGGAUGAACUUCAGGGUCACUUUUACAACUACAAUAGUUGCAAUAAAAAU